AUGCCUGCAAUUAUUCAAUUAAAUAAUUUUAAUUAUCGGUUGCGAGGAAUAAUAGAAUGUGAGGCAGGUCAUUUUAAAUCAUAUUGUAGAAGAGGCCAGAAUUAUUGGAGCUUAUAUGAUGAUAAAGCAACGACAGCAACAAAAGUUUUAUCUUCGAAAGACGUAAAACCUGAUGCCGUUAUUUUUACAAGAAUCCUG